AUGACAAGUGAUAUUGUUAAUAAAAACGAAAUAAAAUUUUACGAUCCUUUAAACGAUGGUAAAGAUUGUACUAAAAAUACAGAUAUUAAUACAAAUUCAAUUGAUUUUAUAAGAGACGAUUUGACAAACUAUGACACUGAUGAGAGAACUAAAAUUAUUAGCAGUACUGAAGAUGGGAAUGUUUGUUUGUGUGGAAAAACAGAAAAUUUGAUCGAAAAUAAUAAAAAUGAUAACCUGACUCUUGUAUACAUAGCAGGAAUGGAUGAUAGUCUGAUGGAACUGAAACGGAACAUACAGAAAUAUGGAGAGGGACACGAAUUGAAAGUUAAUUUUUAUUUAUAUAAAAACCAAAAAUGUUACGACCUGGGCUACUUGUAUACGGACGCGUAUGUUUUACGUUAUUUUAUACCGAAUUGCGAAAAUUAUUUUUGUCUUGAUAAUAUAAAAAAUAACUGGUGUUUAGACAAUUUAUCAAGAAAACAUUAUAAUAAAGACUUCAACAGACAGAUGGGAAGCUUAAAAUUUGAUGAAAAGGUUGAAAAUUACAAUAAUCAACCAAUUGUUACUGAAUCAAAGAAUCUAUGCAAUCUAAUAGAAUAUGUGCCGAAGGAAGUAGCUGGACAUUAUGAAAUAAAUAUUCCUAAAGAACAACAAUAUAUAGAAAAAAAUGUAUUAGAUGAUCUCAAUUCAAAUAAUUUAGGAAAACAAAAUACAAAUAUAAAUAAUAAUAUGAGUCCUCAAAUUUCGUUAUUAGAACCUGAAGGCACAAGACCUUUUAAAACAGUCAAAAACGAUAACAUUGACUAUGCAGACGAAGAAAAUGAUGUUAAUAGUUUGAAUUUUGUAACAGGUAACAAAGUAUACAAGCAAGAUGUUAACAAGUUAGAAGAAGCAAUAAAUAACAAUGAUUACAUGACUUCUAACGAUAUUACUUACAAUGACAACAAAAAAGAAUACAUAAUAGAUAUAUAUGAUUCAAUGUAUACCACAAACGAUAAUGGAUUGUAUAAAAUUAAUGAAAACUCUUUAAACUAUGUACCGACCAAUUCUAUAUCAGGUAAAGAAUCUGAUUACAAUUAUGUAAUUAGUCCUUGUUCCUCUGAAUAUAUGAAGGAAGGUGACAAUGAUAUCGUGACAUCAGAAAAAAAUUAUGAAUUAUUGAAAAUUGUACAUUCAUAUGAUGAAAACAAUCAAGAACAGAAAGAAUUUGGACAUAACUUACAAUAUGAUGAUGGUACAGGCACAAAACCAUAUAAUAAGUGUUUUAAAACCAAUGAUGUCUUUAAUUAUGAACCAGAAAUACCAAAUACGUUAUUUACUCCGCGUUACAUAGGUGGCAUUAAAACAAUUGGAAAUCCAUUGAACAUGAAACCCUUGAAAUUAACAUUUUACCCUUACCAAGCAUAUGUGAUACCAAAUCUACAAGCCAAAAAUAUGGUGUGCAUGAAUAAAAAUGAUCCUGAAAUUGAAAUUGUAGACAGGACCUUCUAUAACAAUGAACCAAUAUUAUCAAGAUCUCAAGCUUCAGAGGAACAAAGAAAUGGAAAGGAAUUUCAGGGAUAUAUCCCAACUUAUGAUUUAGAAAACCAAAUUCAAUCACCUCAAACACCUUAUGAGGAAGCUACUUUGAAUGAUAAUAAUAUAAUUAAUGACAUCCAAUCGCCGAUUAAUCAAGAAACAUACCUAAAGAUGCCUGAAAUAGAUAAUGGUGAUAAAAGAAAUUAUGUAACUUCACCGAAAUUUAACGAAAACCAAAAUAAAAUUCCAUGGCAUAUUGAAUAUAUACCAAAUGUAGCCAACAUGUGGAAAAAUCUUCCGAAUAUACAAAAACAACUUGUAUCUGACAGUCUAAACACUCCAAGAGAAGUGAAUAAAAAUGAAUUAUUAACUAAUUUACAAUCAGAGUCGCUAUUUGCUAAAAGUUUGACGCCUUGUAUAAAUACAAACAACUAUGAUAUGUCUGCUAAUUCCAAGAUUAAUUUCUUAGAGCCACAAUACGAGAAAGAAAGAUUAUAUGAUACCAAAAAUAUGUUUCCAAAUACAUACGAUACUGACGCAUCGGAAAAAGAAAUAUUAUCUUUAAAAGACAACAUAAAUAAUGUCUCACCCAGGACAGAAUAUUUCAUGCAAGAUCCAUGCAUAUAUAAGAAUUUAAAGUCGUUAGUCGGUAGUGGAGGCAGUUAUUAUAGACCUAUUACAAAUUAUGAAAAUACUAAUACGCAGAUAAUAGAUAAAACUCCUUAUAAUUCUGAUUUAACAAAGAAAACAUUUAAACUUAAGUAUUAUCCACACUCUGUUGCAUUGUUAGAUACAUCAAUCCAAAACAUUGGUAGAGGUAUUACGUCUUCAAUAAGUCCUACCACCAUAAAUUUUAAGCCAAUCGUUGAAAAUACUUCUGAUAAUAUUUUAAUACCCGAAACAAAUCCAGUGACAACACAAGAUAUUAAAAAUCCAUUCAAUACUUUUGAUCAAUAUACACAAAAUUAUAAAAUACCCUCAAGAAUUAUAUUCACGCCACUAUCAUACAAAAUAUAUCCAUUAAAAAUAGUCAGCCCAAAACCUCUUACAUCUAAUAUAUGUCAUAGUAAUCCAUAUUUAGGUUUAAAUAAGCCUGUACUAUAUAAAAAUUUUGCCCAUGAAAACCUACAGCAUAACACUCCUUUGAUUCCAACGAUAGUUGAAAAUAUACAAUCUAUUAAUAAAAUGAAUGAUAUAUCUCAAAAGAGUCCCAUACAAUUCAGUGACAAUGUAGUUUCAAACAAUUUCAAUAUCAAUCCUUUUGUUUCACAGAAUCAGAAUCUUCAAGAUUCUAUGUAUUCUUUAGACCCAACCACUCGAAACACAGUAUGCUUUACAAAGUUAUUUGAGAAUGAAAAACCAAUAGUUGAUGAAUACCAACCAACUAAAUCUGUUACUUCAGACACUUCCUAUGAACCUUUUUCUAAUGUAGCCAAUGUUCCAAAUGCAGAGAAAUCUCUGAAAUUUUAUCCUAAAAUCUCAAUUUCAAGAGAUUCUUUAGAUCCAAAUAUUAUUGGAAAGCCAAUUAAAAACUCGUAUGCGUUCGCAACGGCUGAAAGUAAAUAUCCAGAAAUAUUUGAGAAAACGCCAUUCGAUGUGAACCUAGAAGAAAGUACAGGUGCAUCUAGCCUCCGAUACAAACUUUUAAAUCCCAGACCCAACACUGAGAUUUUAAACUCGUACAUAAAUCAAACACCUCAAGAUGAGAUUAAUAUUUAUAAUACAAAUAUCCAAAAUCCAAAAACGCCUGCUGUCACACACUAUACGGUUUACCCAACACCCUCUCUACAAAAUAUAUUAAUUUCAAAACCACAUAACGUUAUGCCAACACCUUAUUUACAACCAACUGUGACACAUUCAGGUAUCCCUGUACAAAAUGGAUAUACUUCAAAUUUGUAUCGUAAUAAAUUAGAAGAUAAUUUGUUACCAAAUAGUAUAUCUCAAGUAUUCCCAAUAGGUCUCAAUACGAAUACCUUAUCAUGGGGAAGAAGAUUGAAAUUAUUAAAAGGUCAAAAUAUAAAUGAUGUCUACAACAAAAAAAUUCAAAGUAGGUUUCAAGAAACACCAAUAUAUCAACAACCUCUACAGAAUAAUUUAAAUUACGAAACGGUAUCGACAAUGCCUGUGAAGUUUUCACCUUAUGUGGCUAUACCAGGCUCAUCAGGUUUUGUUGAAGAAACUAAUAAACUACGAAAUAACAAAGCAAAUCAACAUAUGAUUAAUUUUAAAGAGAUUCCUGUAGGAACUAUAGCUAAAGAUAAGGGAAAUUAUAUUAUCUAUAAUCCUAAAAUCAAAAUAGAUAACUUAGCAAACACGAGUCCAAAAUAUUCUAUGACAAGUAUUAGUGAAAAUGAGAUAUUAACUCCAGAUUAUUCUAACUCCAGACAAGAUCCUUUGUCUAAACUUUACGAUGUUUGUGAACGAAAACAAAAUUAUUUUGAUAUACCUAUCCAAUCGGGAAAUGUACCUGAAUCAUCACCGCGUGAGUACAUACAGUACUCAAGAAAACCACAAGAAUUGUUAGACACAGAGCCUGCUUCUAGUUUGACCUAUUAUCUACCAACAGCAAAGUUACUGCCAGUUAAGACUUCUAAUAUAAAUAAAGGUUUUGUUCCUGUACCAACAAAAGUAUUAUUAAAUACAUAUACAGAUAUUGUUCAGUCACCAUCUACUUCAAACAGAGAAUAUUCAUUAAUACCAAAUAACAAGAACUUUAUACCACAAUUGAUUCUACCAAGUGACAGAUCUUAUACAGGAGCGACAGGCUACCAAUCAAAAAUAACUCCUGUAGGAAACACAUAUUUCAAUAUUCCUUAUACUUACGAUAACUUGAAGGAUACAUACAAAAAUAAUUUACAGACACUUAAAGAAAAUAUGCUAGAUGGAUUUUACUCUACUUCACCACCGAAAAUAAGACAAGAAGAAAUACAAUCUUCAAGAAAUGAAGAUUUUAUUGAUUAUAAUAAAAUUGGAAAUGAGGGAAGAGUACAAAUGUACUUGUACCCUUAUAUGAGAGUUUUAAAUUACAAGAAGGGGCCAUUACAAACCACUAUAAAGCCAAAAAUUUGGUCUACAAAUACAAUUCUACCGAAGAAUUUAGUCGUAGAAAGUAAUGAGCCUAAUAGAGAUAAACUAACUGUACCAAGUACAUACAAUUCAGAUAUAACUGGAAUAACACCUAACACAAGAAAAUACAAUUAUAUUUUAAAUAAAAUAUUUAAUAUUCCUACAUUCACAACUACAGAACCAUCUUUAGAUGCGAAGUUAGCUUCACAAGUGAUUACUAGCAAAACAAAAGAAAAUGGCGAAAUAAUACAGACAGAAAUCCCAGAAGGAAAUCAAGAGCCAAUUACUUUUGGUAAUAUUAGGUACUGUAAACCCGAAUAUCAGAUAAAAAUUACAAAUAAUAUCCACCAAGGACAGGAUAAUAUGAAUAUUUUCAAUGCUGUUCCUGAAUUUAAACAAAAUUAUUUAGAAAAUCCAUCAAACUUGGAUAAUUUAAAUUUGUUCGGAACAAUUAACCCGCGAACCACAGAGAGGGAGAAAUUUAACAAUUUUUUUACAGCUAAUAUUGAACCAUCAAGAUACUUACAAGAUAAUGGAAAUCCAAUAUAUUUGACACCUUACUUUUCAAGAUAUCAAAAACCUUCUAGUAUUAAUAACGUUGCUUAUCCAUUUACAGUCAAGCCUUCGCUAGCCCAAAAACAAUCAGUUCAGGAUGCAUUUAACCAAAUAGUCAGUUCCGAUGAUCCAAAUACACCUUCAAUGCCAAAUGUUUAUGAAAAUUUAAACUAUGGUAUAGAUCAAAGUGGAACUCAAAGAAUUACAAGUUUAAAACAAUUAUCUAAUUUAUAUUACAAUCCAGUUGAUUUAAGAAAAUCUGUCAACUCCGUAUAUGAUAUCGGAACUCAACAAAACAAUGGUUACAUAUCAUAUUCAAGUUUAAAUUUUAAUCCAAUCAGCAGUUCUUAUAUAGCUGAAAAGGAUUCUUAUAAUACUGCGACCACAAAGAACAUAUACCAAUAUUUCAAUCCUACUGUUAUGAAAAUAAAUAGACAGUUUAAUUGGCCUUCAAAAUUAAUAAAUUAUAUGAGUCCUGUAGAAUCAUAUAAAGAACAAAAAAACAAUAUUCACAUGCCAUCUGAUUACAUCAAUAUAAAUUCUGAUUCUUUAACUAAAACUGCACAAACUUCAGCAUUACCUAAUACUCAAAAUAACGCGUUCUUUGGACAUGGUAAUACUCCCUUAAUAAAUACAUUUGAUUGGAAAUUUAAUCUCCAAAGAAAAGAACCGCCUGCUACUUCUCAAUACUCUUCCUACACACAAUAUCCUAAUACAUUUACAUCUCCGUUCAGUUAUAAAAGUCCCGAAGCUUAUCAUCCACCAAUUCCAUUAAAUGCAGAUCUUAAUUCAUAUAUAUAUAAUGAUAUUUCUUAUUCAAAUAUUCCACGAGGAAGUUUCUACAUAUCUCCAAAUGCAGCAGAAAUAAUAUCCCCUAAAAAUAAUAUAUUUUUCAAUCUUCAUAAUGACUUAAAACAACCAAUAAAUCAGUAUAACAGAUAUAUCAGUGACGAAGCAGGCCAAAAUUAUUACGUAAAUGAUAAUAAUGAAAUUGCUACGCCUAAUAUGAAACAGUUCCCAAUUACAUCAAUCAUGCAACACGAAAAAUAUAAUAAACAAAAUUAUUUAUUUUCUAAAUUACAUGAUUCUCCUCAAACUGUUAACAUACCAAGCCAUGUAACUUAUAAUUCAAAAUCAAUCCCUAUGCAAACGUCCCAAGGUUUAUUUUCAAAUAUUGAUAAUAAUCCAAAAUACGCGUCAUUAAAUCUUUUAUAUCCUAAAAAUAUUUAUUCAUAUUCAUCAUCUAUCCCAAAGGAGUCCAAACAAAAUUUUGUCAAACCAUUAUUGAGCUAUACAUACUUAAAUAAAGACUUCGACUAUAGCUCACCCACACAAAUAGUUCAUGAAACUACCAAACCAUUUUCGACUGUAAACUAUAGCUCACCCACACAAAUACUUCAUGUAACCAAACCAUUUUCAACUGUAAAAACAGUUGAAGCAACUCCAGUAUGGAAUAAUUUAGGCACAAAAAAUUCUCUAUUCACUGAAUACAAUCCUCUCCCACGAUAUGAUUCAUGGAAAAGGUUACCUUUAUCUGAAGUGAACUUCAAUUCAAUACCAAGAAUUAAUUCUUUUAUAACAGAUAGUAAUAUAUGUCCAAUUACUUCCACCGCUCCAGGAGCGAGUUCAGAUAGAAUUUUCAAUAAUAACGAUCAUGUUGGUGGGGUCGUUGAUUCCGAUUAUAACAUGAUUACACAAAAUAUAGGUGCGUUUCAAUCUAAUGCCGUACCAAUGUUAUUACCUUCGAGUGCCUUCCAAACUAAAAUAGAAUCUAAUCCAUUGGUAAAGAGUAGAAUAUCGUGUACCAAUGUAAUACCGACGAAUCAGCCUCUUUCCGACUUCAGUUCAGGGCUCGAACCGCAGCGUUUAAUUUCAAAUAAAACGAGUUCAGAAAUUUUGAAAUCAAACAACGAUCUCGUAUACCCUGAACAGAUAUAUUCUGAACAAGGGAAAAUUACAUUUUUACCUAAAAUCAACUCUUAUUGUUACGAUGUCAAGGGAAAUAAUUUACCAAUACAUUCUAAUGAAUACCAUCAAAAAGGCUUAAACGAAAAAGACGCUAAUAUGAAUACUAUCGAAGAUAAUAAUUAUUCCGAUUUAUAUAAAAUCGAGAAUCAAAAAUACGAUAUAUUACCUUCAAUUUCACAAAUAGAAAAACAGAUACCAAGUUAUAAUUAUGACAAAAUGAAGAAUCCGUUUUUAAAAUCACAAUUCGCUGACUUAAAUUAUCCUUUUAACCUUUUAACAAAACCAGAUGUAUAUAAUAAGUUUGAUAAAAUAUCGUCUAAUAUAAAUCCAUACUCAACUUUUAAACCACUAAGAUUAUAUUCACCUACAUAUUAUCAGAAACAAAACAUUUAUAAUCCUAGUUUUUUCCCAACAUAUGAAAACUCAUUAAGUAUCCAGAAUCAUAAUUUAUUAAAUUCUGUUAAAACUUCACCUUGUACACGGUCAGAACAUAUUCUGUUCACACCACACGUAUGUAAAGUAUUUAAACCUUCAACUUAUCCGAUUUCAACUAAUGAGGAUGCGGAGUUAUACCGUUCAAAUUUAAACAAAGUUUAUGAGUCCCCAUCUAUGAUUAGUUCACCCAAAUAUUUAUCUCCUUCGUACAUUGAACCGAACCGUCCAAUUUAUAAAUCAAUACAAUAUCAAAAUCCUGCGAUGUAUCAAUCUGGUAACGCCAUAUGGGGCUCUGAUUCAGAAAAAUAUAGUAAUUAUAAACAAACUAACUCACUUCCCUACAUAAUAAACUAUGAUUUAUCCCAACAUAAACCAUUUAAUCCAGCGUCAACUUCAAACAUCCCACUACAACAAGUAUGGAAACAUAAUAUUCAAGGUUUUAUAAAAUCACAAAUAGAAAACGUCAACCAGGACAAUCCAUUGACAAAAACUUGUUACCAAGAAGAUAAUUAUUCAAACAAACCACUCCUAUCGCAAAUAUUUGGUUCAAAUAUUAUGGACAAUCAAAAUAAUAUGAAAUAUUAUCAAACAUUACCUAAAAUUGUGAUCGCAAAAUACGAUCCGACGUGUCAUAAUACGUUUGUUAUAAAAACAGGUGAUUGUGACUUAAAAUUGAAAACUUGGAGAUCAAAACUGAAGGUCAUCACACCCAUACUAGUAUAUAAGGUAAAAGAAAUACCUACAAUAAACUUCAUGCCUAUCAGAAACACGAAAUAUACUACAGAAGAAGAUAUGGAGAAGGCAAAAAACUACGUCGCCCAGAAAUAUGGAUGUCCAACGAUUAUUAAAGGAAUUUUCAGUGCUUAUAAGCCUUACGCGUACAUUAAUGAUAGUUCCGCACUCAGAGACAAUAUGCCAGUGAUAUGGCCUACGUUAUGUACAUGCGGAUGUGGACGAAGCGGAUGUCGUUGUAGAAAUAAAUAA